GAAAAUGAAGUUGCAACAAGUUCGGAUGAUUUACAAAGGUUAUUGUAUGUUGGCAUUUGUAUGUCUGAUACAUCCAUCUAUAAGCUCUGUCAUUAAGGAUUCUGUAAAAUGUACAGAGGGAUUUGUUGCUGUUGAUGCCGACGAUUGUGCCAGCUAUUUUCAGUGUCUCGAUGAUGAAACUGUGCACUUUAAUUGUCCCAAUGGGAGUUAUUUUGAAAAAAAUAAUGAGAUAUGCGUGGUGGACGAGUUUGGUGUCUGCCCUACCUCUCGAAGAAAAUGUUUCAAUGGAGAUCUUUUUGAGGAUUCUAAGGAUUGUGUGACAUAUUUUAAAUGCCUUCAUGGAAACCUGGUGAGGGAAAGGUGCCCUGAUGGAAGUAACUUUAAUGGAAUAUCAAAAAGUUGCCGUAUGGAUCACAGAGGGUCCUGCACAUCUCAGCGGGAAAUAUGUGUGGAGGGAGAACUACAAGCGGACUCGGACGAUUGUGCAGGAUAUCUGAAUUGCAUCGGUGGAGUCCUUGUGAAGGAAAAGUGCCCCAGUGGUAGCUACUUCGAACCCAUUUUCAAACUCUGCCAGCUGGAUGAGAAUGGUGUCUGUUCAUCUCCAUCAAGUGAGUGCAAUGAAGGUGAAGUGCAGGUGGACCCCAGUAACUGCGCUGGUUAUCUCAACUGUCAGAAUGGAAAACUUGAAACUGAAAGUUGUCCCAGUGGCAGUUACUUUGAACCCACUUAUAAAGUCUGCACCGUUGAUUUAAAUGGAGUGUGUGUUAAGCCUCCAGCGAAGUGCACUGAAGGGCAGCUAACUUUGGAUCCCAAUAACUGUGCAGGAUAUCUUAAGUGCAUAGAUGGAGAGUUCGUGGAGGAGCAGUGUUCUAGUGGAUCCUUCUACGAUCCAAAGUUGGAAACCUGUUUAGUGGACAGUGAGGGUGUUUGUGUCACUAAGAUCAAACAUUGUAAUGAAGGAGUUCGGGAAGAAGAUCCCCAGAAUUGUGCUGGAUACACUCAAUGCAUUCAGGGCAAAACCGAAAAUCUCAAGUGUUCUUUUGGAAGUUAUUUCAACGAGACUCAGGGAGAAUGCCUCUUUGAUUUGGUAGGGGUUUGUGUAAAGUCAAUUGACGAACUUGACAUUAGCGAAGUAGAACCUUUAUAUUCGAAAAGUACUAUUGCUGACUUCGAACGACAAACCGAAAGUACUACUUCCGAUCAAUCUACGGAAACCACUAUGGCCAAUUUGAUUCGAUAUGCGGAAAGUCUUGUAGUUGACUUGAGUUUCGACAUGGAGGAGGUACAACCUCAAUAUACGGAAAGUACCACUGCUAACAUCGAGCAGCAUACUGAUAGCACUACUCCUGAUCAAAGAACGGAAACUACAAUUGCCAAUUUGCUUCGAUAUACGGAGAGUACUGCAACCGACUUGCCUGGCUAUACAGAGGGUCCUGAACAUGACGAAAGAACUUCAACCGACUUGCCUGGUUAUACAGAGGGUCCUCAAUACGCGAAAGCAAAUAAUGCAGAAAUUUCUAUUGCCAAUUUGCUUCAAUAUACGGAAAGUACCACAUCCGAUUGGCCCCAAAUAUCGGAUAGUAGUCUUGCUGAUUUACUUGAAUAUCAAUAUACAGAGAAUACUGUUUCCGAUUGGCAAAGUACUAAUUCUGCUUUGCAGUCAUCCACUUCGAAUGAGAUCAGCAGUCCUGAAUAUGCGGAAAGAAGUAAUGCAGACUUCACUCAGUAUAGUACUACAUCCGAUUGGCCUUCAAGUACGGAGAGUAGUCUUGCUGAUUUGCUUGAAUAUCAAUAUACAGAGAGUACUGUUUCCGGUUGGCAAACUACUGAUUCUGCUUUGCAGUCAUCCACUUCCAAUGAGAUCAGCAAUUCAAUAGGAAAUACAAGUACAAUUGUCCCUGAUAGUACAAUUUGUAUUGAAUAUUCUAUCGAAGAAGAUCCCGAUGAUUGUGCUGGAUACAGACAAUGCAUUCGGGGUGAAAUUAAACAAGUCAAGUGUGACCAGGGCAGAUACUUUAAUAUAACACAAGGAGAUUGCCUUAUUGACGUGAAUAAAGUAUGUGCCAAGUUACAGAAGGAAGAUCAGGAUCAAUAUGCGAAGAUUAAUGUUACUGAUUCCCCAACUACUAUAUCCGCUCUGGAGACUACCACUCCCUAUGACCCAUUUGCAAAAUGCACAGAAGGAAGGCUUAAAAUGGAUCCCAACAACUGUGCAGGAUACCUUAAUUGCUCAGAUGGAGAACUGAAGGCGGAAAAUUGUCCCAGUGGGUUCUAUUUUGAUCCCAAAUUGAAAAUAUGUUCGGUGGAUAUUAGGGCUACGUGUAUCACUAAUAUCAAGUUUUGUGUCGAUGGAGUUCGGGAAGAGGACCCCAACAAUUGCGCUGGAUACAGACAAUGCACUCAAGGCGUGGUCGUAAAUCUUAAAUGUCCCAAUGGAAAAUACUUUAAUGUGGCCGAAAGAGGUUGCCUUGCUGAUGAGCAUAAAGUUUGCGUGAAGUCUGGGGAGGACUAUUACCCGGAAGAUGUUCUACUUGACGAUUCUGCUCCGCCGAUGUUCUUACCAGAGCAAACCUGCAGUACCUACAAGAAUGGAGUGUGUGCUGAUCCACUUGAGAAAUGCUUCGAAGGACAGCUGAAACUAGAUCCAAAUAACUGCGCAGGGUAUCUUAUAUGCAAAUUCGGACAACUAGUGCAGGAACUAUGUCCCAAAGGCUCAUACUUCGAUCCCUCAACAAAGUCCUGUUUGGUGGAUAGAAGGGGUAUUUGUGUCACGAAUAUUGAAAUUUGUGAAGAAGGAGCUCGCGAAGAAGACCCCCAGGACUGCGCUGGAUACAGGCAAUGCAUUCAAGGUGAUGUCGAAAAUCUUAAAUGUCCCGCUGGUAACUACUUUAAUGUGCCCCAAAGAGAAUGCCUUGUUGAUAUAGAUAAAGUCUGUGAGCAGACAGAACAGAAAUUUACAAUCUAGCAAUAUGUUUUCUACACCCGAUAAGACGAAAAUCAGAAAAUCCGAAAACAAAACCCUACAAAAAAAAACAAUGACUCGGAACCCGAGAAAUACAGUGGGUAUCUUUCAUCAGGGCAGACACUUUAACGCCUGGAAUAUAACCUAUAUAUAGACGAUUGAAUUCGCAUGAAUAAUAAAUAACCUCAUACGAUACAUUUCAAGUUAAUAAUUCACCGUAAUUGGGAAGUAGGCAUUUGGUAGCUGGGACUUUUCGGAAAGUUUUUUAUUGCCUCCAUCGAAAGCAGCAGUGACUGGCGUUAAUGCGAUAAGCGAACUUGUGUACUUGCCAGCACGUUCUCUGUCUCAACAAUUAUCAACUGGUCGAACUGAUUAACUUGAAAAAUACCAUGGAAUUUGGGAUCGCUGUUACUAUUCAAUGUGAAUCAUUCCAGAAGUUAGGUCAAUUCCCCUUGAUUAAAUAUAGGAGAAACAACUCUCA